AGGAUGUGUUGGGUGCAUGAAUGAUGCAAAGAUAAAUUGUCAACCGUGUGUCUGGCCUUCGAACACAUGAGCAACAACCACACACAAGGUAGUGGUCUAACACACGCAUUCACAUAGAGUAUAAUAUUAUUUACUGUUGAUUCCCUGCAACGUGUGUGGCUCAGGCGGUGUUGUGGAACAAGAAUUGACAGCCAGCGACAGUGGAACAAUGGUGGAGCAGAGUUUGGUGUAAUUCUGAGAGGUGGGCGCCGCCGGCUGCUUCCCCGGGGAGUCCGCGCCCUCCUCCCCACGACUCCCGAGGGGGUCUUCCCUCCCUCACCCUCAUGCGAGGGGGAGGCGUGGUGGCGCCGCGGGAGUGGCGGUGUGGGUGUGGUGGAUGUGAGCGAGGCUAGUUAUGUGGGAGGGAUGUGAAGGUUACGGCAGCAGUAAGGUGGCGACCCUGCGUGUGUUUGUGUGUGCGCGGCGUGUUGCGAGGAAGCCCGUCUGCACGCCGGCGUAGGAACAACCCGACGGGAAGAGCGGCGGCCGACUGGGCUCUGUGCUGCGGCUGUGGGAGGUGAGCGUGGGCGGGUCUUCUUGGGACGUGGGUUCUGAUGGGCGAGGCUCCCUCUCUCCUGCAUCGUCUGCCACGCCCACUUCAGCCUCAGAAACGGACGUGGAGGCGGCGGCUACGGUGGGCGUGACUCAGACGACGCCCUACCAAUGCUCCUUCUGCGAUCGAGCCUUCCCACGCCUCUCCUACCUCAAGCGACAUGAGCAGCUGCAUGUUGACUGGAAAGUCUAUGCUCUCCCUGUUGUGCUGUGCAUGAUCCUUGCCUCGUUACCACCUGUGCCAGAUGUCUCCUUCAUGGCCGCUCCUUGCAGAAUUGUUUUGGAAAGCAUGUUCAUCUAGUCAUUUAAGAUGAAAAUCCUGCCCUUAAUGCAAUGAAACAUGUGCUUGUAGCUACAGUGAAAGCAAAAUAGUUGCUGUGUUUUGGUGUUUGAAGUUGAAAUUUCAUGAACAAUAGAAAACAUGAGGAUCCAAGAGCAAGGGAAGGUCCAGGAGUACACCAACGUGUGGAUGCAGGACAGUGUCUUCACAUACGUUGAGAAAGAGUUGAGAGAGAUGGAAGACAAGCUUGCUCCUGUGAAGAAAUGUUUUCCAUUUUCUGGUGAUUUGUUUCACUUCAUUGAGAUGGAACUGAAGAAAUUAAAUUCCACACUGUUACUGGAGACUUCGCCCCAAGUUCUUCCUCAAAGUGAAUAUUGUCCAGAAAAUUGCCCUGAUAGAAAUGAUGACCAACAGAGGACGGUGUCAACUGUGUCCAGCGAUGGGACAUCAACCACUCAAGCUCUGCUGCAAAAUUUCUCUUGGCAUAGAAGUCAAAAGAAAGGUAACAAUAGAAAUCAAAAAGAGGUUUAUGAGAGCUUGUUGUGUUUAAAAGAUCUUGAUCAGUCUCCACCAUCUCAAUCAAUUAAUUUUCGCUCCACUUCAACAGCCAGAGCACUGUGGGGCCCCCGUAAAGGUGCUCAAGAUGACAUGGUGGGUAGAGUUUCCUCUCUUGCAAUGAAACGGUCUUACAAUGAAGAAUGUACAGAAAGAAAUUCCUUUAAAAAGAGAAGAACAAAUUUGCAGAUUAAAAAGGGAAAAGUUAGAUAUAAGAAACUAUCUAAAAUUACUCACCAGCACAAAACUAAAAACAACAUUAAAGAAGUUUGUACUCUGAGCACAGAAGGCUGCAAAAAGUGUAUUCCACCCAUGCCCAGCAAGACUGCCAUUCCCUGUAUGAGUGACAUCAACCCUCACAGUGCCUCUCAUCUGGUUCAGCCAUACACCUGCUCGGGCAGUAGCACCACCACCCCUGCCAAGAAGUAUCUUCAACAGCAAAACUUGGUGGCUACUGGCAGCUACCAAGGCAUUGCACAAGUAGGCUACUUCAGAACAUCGAGUACCAGUGUUCAGGUGGCUCAGAGACUCCCACAGCAGGUGAAUGGCCAAUCAGCAGGUGUUUUGAGCAUCCAGGGUCAGCCAUCACACCCUUUGCCAGUCUCAGAUGUACUUCCUUUGCUGCCUGCAGCAAUGCCAGUCUCAGAAUUAUCAAGACCUUCAGAGUUUCAUUUGGAUAUUUUUGAUGGGGACAGUUCAAGUGUUUCCAAAGAACCAAGUAUGUCCUCUGCUGUCCCCAAGCCUCAUGCUGCAGCCACUCCAACACAACAUCUUCCUAUCACUACCAUCAGCAGCACCUCUACCAUUUUCCCAUUUCUCUCGCCAGCAUUUCUUUGCAUUUGUUCUGCUCCCCAUGUGUGUGUCUCAUCAUCACCUCCCUUGGUCCAGACGUUGACUCAAAGCACAAACACAACUCUUCUGCAGCAAGCUCCUUCCAGUGUUAGGUCAACCCCUCUCAUGAGUGCAUGUGGAGCCAUGGCCUCAGAAGGACCUCCUGCAAGUCAGACCAGGAACAAAAGUAACUCUUUACCCUCUACUGAUGCUUCACAUGGACCACCAUGUGCAUCAAAUGGAAGGCCACGGGCAGAGGGUUGUUCUGACCAUGGUAAAAUGGCUAAAUCUGAUUUACUAUGUAGCCUUGUGAGUAACACCAAGCAUGGAGGCGGCUUGUUGGGGUGUGGGGAAAACGAAGUCAACAAGAACAACAUGGCUCAGCCAGAGUUGAAUGCCACAUCCACUUCAUCUCAACAUCAAGAAAAUGAGAAAACUCUUAAAAGGGCACUUGACCUUCCAUCAGACCAGCCAUGUAAUUUGAUCAUUCAAGUACCUCGGAGGAACCUAGAACUGGAGAUGAAGACUAGCAGUGCACCAGAGCAAAGUGUGAUUAAUGAGACCCCACAGAAGCUAGGUCAUGGAGGCAAAGGGACAGCAAACCCAAGACCACAGAGUGCUGUGGAUAUCAGCAGAUGGGAAGAAAUCAAAUAUAGAAAGUUUAUCAUCAGUACACGAGGCAAGUGUCUUCCUGGUGCUGAUUCAUCUAAUAAUAUGAAUAAAUUAGAUACAUAUAAUAAAUUCAGCUCCAGUUGUUCACAACGCAUCCAUAACAAAAACACUCACAGGCACUGCAGAAACUCCAUUCAGGAAAGAGAAGAAUCUUUCAACCCAAAUUCAGAUUCUGCCGUUCUGGAUUUUUCUUCUACUGGUGAAAAUGGUGCUGGUCAUUCUCUUGUAAAUCCAGCAGAUGGCAGGAUACGUGCAGACUCGCUGACUAACAAGGAAUUUGUGUACAAGACAGAAGCCCGAAACACGUACAGAAUAAUAAUCCAACCUAAUAAAACUGACAACCCUGUGAAAAGUAUGAGGUCAUCCAGCACACAGACACACCAUGUCAACAGAACCAGGGUUGAGGAGACAGGAAACACAUUAUCCCAUGAACUGCCUCAACUAUGGAGCACAGAACCCAAGAAAUGGACACGUGCUCCAGGGUCUCUUCUUCCUUCUCAGCCAGACUGUGGGAACGAAGAACCUGAAAACAAGAACAGCCCCAAAAGGGUGGAUUUGGAUGUUCACCAGAGGGAGCAGCCAGGUAGCAGUGCUUGGUCUGGUGAUCCAUUAACUGGAAACAAAAGUGAGCCAAGCACUGGGAGUCAAUAUUGUCAUGUUCCUUUGACAUGGAAUUUACGUGAAGGAAGGGCAACCAUGAAGCAAAGUUUCCAAACCGUUCAUAAACUGCAUUCUCCUGCAUUAAGUCCACGCUUCCAAGAGGUGUAUCGAGCAGAUGUUUUGCUGGAGGAAAAUAAAGAUAAAAGCUUGUCUAUAUACACCAUAAAUUACCAGCUCCUUCCAUCCCUUAAGGCUGCCUGGAGCAGUGAUAGUGCCAUACUUCUAAGGCGAAACCUUGAGGUGGGACCAUCCGCCCCUUGCACCUCAGAGGCUCGUGCCACCAGCGUGAAAACAUCGCCACAGCACUGCCUCUCUAAAGAGUCAUGCACAUGUACACGAAAGAUCACUAAGGGAAAUCUUAAAGUUGGAAAGCUAAAAAUGUUAUCUCCAGUCAAGAUGCAGGUGACAAAUGUUGCUGGCACUGCCUCCAUCAUCUCGACACUGGUGGAUGUGGCACAGGUUGCAGCAAAUUCUCGGCCCCAGGGAAAGUGUUCCAUGGGCUGGGGCUCUGCCUCGACAUCAUUUGGUAAAAGUCAGUCUGGUGGGCAGAAAUUUUCGCAAAGCUGCCCACCUAUGGAUUCCUUUGUUGGUAGCAUGCUGCAAGUUAGUAAUCCUUCAUUAAAUGCUAAUCCAACCAUUUCCCUGGAACAAGAACAAAUGAACGACAAAGACCAGUGUUAUGUUCAGACAGAGUCAUCACCUGACCUUCAAGGCAUGAUACACCAGUGGGACAGUACUCCAGCUGACCCUCAGGAAAGACAGAAGCAGAAUGAAAGUUAUUCAGUAAAUCAGUCUGAUACCUGUGCCAUAAGUAAUGUUGGCAGUACCUUACACAACCAGAAAUCUUGGCAUUCAUCUGCAAGCACUCAUGUGGAUGAUCUUCCUUAUCAAAAGUUCAAAAAGAGGAAGUUGAUUGGUAACACACCAGGGACGAAUAAACAAAGGGUGGACUUAUGCAACCAGGAAGCGUGGCACCACCCUGAGUGUAUCUCAAGUUCUGUUACUUCACACAUUCAUCAUGAAGAGCAAUCCUCACAGUGUGACUCCCAAGAAAAAACUCAAACUUCCCAAACUGUAGGAGGAGAGGACAUACUUCGUCAGGCAAUCCAGGCAGACUUGUUUGACAUCUUAACAACUGAGGAUGGACUAGGAUGCUCGUGGGCCAUGGACAACGAAGCUUCAGUGCAGGGAUCCAUAGGAGGGGGCUGGGAAAGGGAGCUGCAGAAGCAGGAACCUGAGACUUCAGCACACACUCAGGAAAGUUGUGAAAGGAACCUUGAUUAUGGACAUAGAGCAGUUGAAGAAGAUGUGUCCUUGGCCUAUCUAGGUCAAAGUGCUGCUACCACCACCACAUCCUCACCCCCUCAGACCAGCAAUGGUGUUGAAGAAAUACUUGCAGAAAAGGAGACUUCCACCAUUAAUUUGGAAGGAAAAUCUGACUCUGAGCUCAUGAAUGAUGUGGUGAGCAGUGACGAGGGGGAAUCAGAUGGAACCGAAUCAAACGACGAGGACAGAGAAAGAAAAUACAGCUCUGGUGAUGCUUGUGACAGUCCGACCCAUGCUGACCAGCUGCCUUUCCGCUGUGAGUUUUGCGGACGUCUGUUCAAGCAUAAGCGUUCCCGGGACCGCCAUGUCAAGCUACACACGGGCGACAAGAAAUACAAGUGUUGCCACUGCGAGGCUGCGUUCUCCAGGAGCGAUCACCUCAAAAUCCACAAGAAGACCCAUGACACUCAGAAGCCAUACCAGUGUUCCGUGUGCAACCGAGGCUACAACACAGCAGCGGCACUGACAGCGCACAUGCAGAACCACAAGGCCAAGCUCACCGCGCAUGCCCUCAACCAGCUGUUGAAGGAUGCCCAAGCACCCGCAGAGACCCACACUCUCACCCAGCUGCUCAGGGACUCCGCAGCAGCUGAGGCUCACACCCAGUCUCUCAACCAUUUCCUUAAGGAUGGACAGAAGGAACAGCUGCUGAGCCCAAAAAGAGUUGAGAUAGGAGCUGGAUCCUCCCCGAGAGAGUUGACAACCUCACCUGCUGGGGAACCCUCGCCCUCCUUGUCCCCAGUGGCCACAGUCCGCUGCCCACUCUGCCACACACACUGCAGAAGCCAAGCUCAUCUCCAGCGUCACGUGUCUCGCUACCACGGGGAGGACCCGCACUUGGUGCCCCUAGAGCGACCUGCUUCACGCGGGGGAGGCUCGGGCACCUCCUCAGUGGGUGGGGCAUCAUCAGCAGCAUCCACCCCAUCACCCCGCCCACCCUCUUCCCUUCCUUCGCCACGCCCGCUGUCCAACCCACUGCUGUCCUUGGUGUCAGGGAAGCUGGCCUGCCUCUACUGCUCCAGGGAUGGCUUCCCCUCACUUGAGGCACUGCAACUGCACCUUCAGUCCUCUCAUGGUUCUGUAAUGAAUGGUGAAAUGCGAGACAUGACAACAAUGCUGGGCCUUCACCCAUCCCUCGGCGCUUCUCUUGGCGCGGGCGGCAUGGCAACGUCACUGGCAUCCCCUCUUGGGCCUGGGUCUUCCCGAGGGGUUAGCUGUGAGCUGUGUGGCGCACGUGUGGGUGGUGUCACAGCUCUGCAACGUCAUGUGGUUACAGCUCACACCUUCACUGAUCUACUGGCACGUGCUGCAGAAGGCGUGUUCUGUGCACAGUGCUUGUUGCCCUUCAGUAACCCAGGUGCCUUGGCCGAACACAUCAAGCUGGUUCAUGCGUCACCUGUUCUCUCGGCAGUGCUCAACAAACGGCCGCCAUCCCCGCCCACAGAUACACCAACUGACCUAAGUAAAAAAUCAAGGCAUGAUGGAUUGACUUCAGAUCUUCCUGCCUCAACAUUGUUGUGCAGUCAGUGCAAUGCACCAUUUACAAACUUUGAAGCUUUUCGUAGACACCUUAAGUCUCACUUGGAUGGGGGAGAGCAGCUGGUCACGACAGGAGGCAGCGGAGGCCAGCUGGCGUGUCCCGAGUGCCGGCUGCCCCUCACCUCAGAGGCUGCCCUUGAGGGUCAUCUUGCCACGCACCUGGGCAUCACCUCCACGGAAUAUGGCUGUCAGGCUUGUCUGAAGCUCUUCUCAAAACCAGAUGAGUUACAAAAACACUUGAUGGACAUUCAUGCUCAUCACUUAUACCGGUGUGCUCUCUGCAAGGAAAUGUUUGACUCCAAAGUAUCGAUUCAAGUACACUUUGCUGUCAAGCACAGCAAUGAGUGUAAAGUACACAAGUGCACCCGAUGUUCGCUCAUAUUUCGGUCACAGUCUGAGUUUGAGGGUCAUAUACGUGUCAGCCACAUAAGACGCAGCCAGAUGAGUGGUGACUUGGGAGGGGGUGGGGGUGUAGGGGUUGGGGGAGGGUCCUACCGGUGUUUGCUGUGCACCCUCAGCCUGAGUUCUGAGGCCGAGCUGGCAGCACACGUCUCCACACACCAGCGUCAGUUUCAGUGUUCCCUUUGUGAUGAUGCUUUUCAUGUGGAAUUCCUGUUGGACAAGCAUAUGCAAACCCAACAUAAUUCUGAGCUCAAUGGUAAUGUUCCCCAGCCAGAAAACUUGGCCAAGCCUCGCCGAAGUCCCCAGAAAAAGGACUUGAGAUGCGAUAUUUGUGAUGCAGAGUUUUCCACGGAAUCAGGACUCAUGACGCACAGGAAACAAGCUCACAACAUCAAGAGUGGGUCUGUUGGUGUCACUGCCAAGGUAGCCGCUGCAUCCUUGAGUCUGUUCUGCGCAUACUGCAGCGAAGCUUGUAAGUCUAGAGGAGACCUGGAGGCUCACAUGAAAUCUCACCAAGGAAAUGGUGGUCGUCAUAAAUGUAAUAUCUGUGAUGAAUUAUGUCCAUCGGCUGCUAUGCUGGCUCAACACAAACUUACACACGUCAAAGUUGUGUCAGGAAGUGCAUGUGCUGUGUGUCGCGAACCUCUGACAUCUGAGCAGCAGUUCACUCAACACCAGAAUGAGCACCAUCCAUCCCCGCUGCCUCAGCCAUGCGUUGUGUGCAGACAGACGCUUGUCACUGAUAUGGAGGUUGGUGUUCAUGCCAGAUUCCAUGCCACCCAAGCCGCCCAAGCUGCUGCAGCAGCUUCUGUUGCAUCAGUGUUAAGUAGUGGCGAAUUACAUCCUCAUACAUCAAACUCACUGGUUAUGACAACAGCUAGCAAUGCUCUCACCACAACCACUAACAGUAGCAACAGCAGCAGUAACAGCAAUGGUAGUCGUGGCAGCAGCAGCCCUCGUCUCUCCCCCUUACAGAGGUGUCAGGAAUGUCAUCUCAAAUUUGAAACUGCAGAAGAAGCUGAGGCUCAUGCUGCAGUGCAUCAACAACAACAGCGGCAACAGGAACAACAGCAGCAGCAAAACAGUUAUGCUCGUUCCAUGGCAUCUUCAUCACGAACCUAUCAGUGUAUCAAAUGCCAAGAGAGUUUUGCAUCUGAGGCAGAGAUUGAAGCUCACGUCGCCUCUCAUCUGCUACAUGAGGGUUCAGUGCAUGAGUGUCAUUUGUGCCGCGCCACCUUUGAUACACCACUGCGUCUUCAGUGCCACCUCAUUGAGCACACCUUUGAGGGUUGCGGGAGUUUUACCUGCUAUAUGUGUUCUUCGGUGUUCACGACCGCAUCCAGGCUUCAGCAGCAUAUGGUAGAGCAUGGCCUAAGCGCACGCCCCUAUGACUGCCACCACUGCCAUCAGCGCUUCUUUUUCCGCGCAGAGCUGGAAAACCACGCCCUCUCUCACCCUGAGGCCGCUGAGGGUGGAUGCCGUGAGUGUCUGGCAAGUUUUCCUGAUCUGCCACGGCGAAGUGCAAGGCACCCAUCACUUUCCUGCGGCUCAACCAACCCAAAUUCCAUCACUAAUGUCGCUCAAAAUCCAGGGAAACCUGACUUAAGACAAGCCCACUCCACCUCUCCUGCCCAUGAGGAGACUGACAUCGGCCCAACCAAUGGCCAUGCCUCCUCUGCAGCAGACUCUGUGGAGGAUUAGUUGUUUAGUUGAGGAGAAAAGUUACUGGUUAUUGAGAGCAUUUAUGCAACACCAUUUGUAUUUUGUCACCAAAAGAGGCUAAAAAUGGCGACCAACAAGUAUUGUUUUAAGUUGCUUGACUGAAACAGGUAAUUAAUGGAAUAAUUUUAUAUACCUGGUGGCUGCUAUUGAAGUUUUAAUAAAUUAGUUUAUCAUAUUUGCUUACACGUAGGAUGAGACCAGGGAGGCGCCUUACCACAGUUUCGGUGAGAAACCUGACAAGGACAAGGAAGUACAAAAUUAGCUUUUCUAUUUCUUAGCUCGGCUGCAAGGUGUCUAGUUGGGGAAACUUUAUUUUGCUGAUCAACUACUUUGCAUAAAGUAGACCAGUGACUUCAUGUAAGCAACAACAUACAAGGCACAGUUGUUUUCUGUUUCUUCUUUACCAGUGAAAGGCGUGUGGUCACUUACAUUGCUAUCUCUGUUGGGUGUCACGCAUUAAUUUGUUCUACAGGGUAACUACUGUUUUAGUGUAAAUAGUCACUUUUAUUUAUAUUCGCCACUUCAUCCUUGUAGCAUAGCUAGAUUCGUUUUCAUGGAAGGUGGCUGUUAGAUGUCCCGAGAACUUAGAGGUUUUCCAUUACACUAGCCCAGUUAUUUUUAGUAGACACAGUAUUACCUUGUUGUCGCUAUCACUAGUUUGGUGCUGGGUAUAAUUUCUUUCACCUCAGUGUUGUAUAAAGAACGUUUGGACCAAAACUAAGCUUAGGUACAAUCGGUUUCGAAAUAGGUGUUUUCGUAUUUUUUUCUGAACAUUAUUGUAAAAGGGAAAUCUUAACUUGUUUGUUAAAUAAAUGAUUCAGAUGGAAUCCUGUUGUAAAUUAAGUGGAAUAAAAUUUCACUAUAAAUGCAUUGUUUGAACCA